AUGUAUCUGGCAAUCUUUCUGACAAUGUUACCAACAUUGGUAACAGCUUCACCGAUACCAUCUUUGACACGUGACAAUGUCGUCGCACGCGACAAACCUAGCAUGAACGACGACUUAAAAGUUAUGGUAAGUAGGGUUAUAUCAGUGGCGUAGCCAGCCCGACAAUUUAUUAAGCCUGCAUGGUUCACACUGGUCGUAAUUUAUCAGCGAUCUAUUCAGUUAUUUUCCGACAGACAAUGCAUUUUAAACACCAAUGAUCACAGACAAUGGAAAUCCCAGAUUCUUAGGACCAGUGUGAACCAGGCAUUUAAUACGCCCGUAGCCUAGACUCAAUGAGUGGAGGGAGGUUCAAUAUGAGCUUCUCUUGAGUGUCGGUGCUGUUUUUGAAUAGCUGGAGGGUUAUUGUCGUACCUUACUAUGUGACUAUUCACCCUCCAGCUAUUCAAAAACAGCAUUGACACUCAAGAAAAGUUCAGAUUGAACAUCCACUCAUCGAGUGUGAGUGACCUUUAGAUACGGGCGUAAGUCAUGCUAUGCAAAUAUUUCCGUGUUUAUAGACCGUGAAAACAAUCAAUUUCUAAAGAAAUGAACAAUGAUAACGAUUUAAAAUUUGCAUAGCAUGAUCAAAUUGUCGGGCUGGCUAUGUCACUGAGUUUAGUGAGUUAUAUUUAUUUAUUUAUUGUACCAGCCAGUUUUAAUUGUACGGGGUAGGUAACAUAAUAUUAAUAUAUGAAAACGUUUUCUGAAACGAAAGUUUUCUCUGGAACAAAAGUUUUCUUUAGAACAAAAUUACAACGUUGCGAUAACGUUGUAUUCAAUAUGCGCAACGUUGCGAUUACGUUGUGUGCUAGGUAGGUAACCGAUUCAAUAUGUGCAAUUUUUAACUGUUCUAUUAACUCUGGUACAUUUCCCAACGAAUGGAAAAGGGAGAGCGUAGGGAUUUAAAUAACUAUCGCCCAAUUUCUAUAAUUCCAGUUGCGGCGAACGUUUUUGAGAGAAUUAUUUAUGAUCAAGUUUAUGCCUAUCUUAUGGAUAAUAACCUCUUACCUAAUUGCCAGUCAGGGUUCCGAACUCUUCGCACUUCUUAAGGCUACUAAUAACUGGUCUUACAAUAUUGACGGAGGCAACGUCAAUGCCAUCGUUUCCUUAGACCUCAAGAAGUUGAUACUGUUGACCAUGCAAUAUUGCUGUCAAAGUUAAGCGUAUAUGGUUUUGGAGGUUCUACAGGCAACUGGUUUAGGUCCUAUUUACAUGACCGCAAUAAAAAAUGUUAUGUCAAUGGUCAUCUUUCCAGUUAUCGCUUAUUGCCUUGCGGUAUCCCGCAAGGAACUAUCUUAGGACUAUCUUUGCUUUUUCUUAUCUACAUUAAACCAAAUUGCAUAACACAUUCCCAACCACGUAUGUACGCCGAUGAUCUUGAUAAUGUCAAUAAAUGGCUCAUAGCCAAUAAGCUAACUCUUAAUCAAUCUAAAACAGAGUUCAUGCUAAUUGGGUGAAAACAAAAAUUAAGCACGUUACCAGACCUGUCAACCCUUGGGUAGUAGAAAUAGUGAGUUGCUAUCUAAAAAGUCGUGAGAUUGACUGAAAAAUCGUGAGACUUAGAAAUUUUCAGGUUUGCUCAUUAAUAUGACCAGGGUUAACUUUAACAACAGUACAAAAUAAUCAAUAGAUAUUCAAUUUUAUGAUAGUAUGCAUUUAUAUUUUGUUAAUAUAACCGUAAAUGCAAGGCUUAUUAAAAAUAGGCUGUUUUUUCUUUAUGGCUUUAGUAGUUUCCACUGUACAAAAACAAGAAAACUACGAGUAAUAUUACUACUAGCGGGACAAUAACCUUAGCAGGACACGCCUUUUACUUUGUAACACAAACAUUACGUAUACAAAAUUCUGGCGUUGUACAUUGCGCAUUAUUAAUACACUAAUAAAGUGUGAUGUUUCAUCGGAAGAGUGUGCCUUAUUGUAAGGCAUAAGUAGAUUUAGUAAGCAAACGUGGAGUAUCAAUUUAAUUUAUUAACUUUGCCAGAUUCAAACAAUGAACGUUAACACAAAAACUGGCAGGGCAAUCGCAACAGCUUGCGCCAAUUACUGCGAUCCCUAAAUGUUAGACAAAUACACUACAUACGUACAUAGAAAAAAUCAAUUAUAACGAACUAUCAGAUUCAACUUUUCACAUUGCGACCAGCAGGACCACUUCUAUCGCAUAUAUUUCAAGAACAAAAAUGCCAGUUUCGUUGCGAUCUAGUAACGUUUCGGACUAUUUGUCCGAAACAGAUUCUUCCGCAUCUCAUCUGUUAUGAACAGCGAAUUCAAGCGAACCUGACAAUUAAUUUUCGCCAUUUGAUGAUACUAUUGCUCGAGCCGCUUGCCUCGCCUGAAGAGGUAGCCGAGUACGAGGAAGCUGUACCGGAAGACGAACAGCUCGAAAAUAUGUUAUAAAAUCGUUUUGAAGGCCAUGUUGAUGUAUCGUCUUGGUAAGUUUGUGUUCUUAUUUGCCGGAGUAAUAAAUUAAAACGCAUCUCUGAACUUCUAUUUUGCAUUUUUUAUAAGGUCUUAAUGUGGUCAUUGCUGUCAACCCUGACGUAUGCCGAUGUUGUAUGGAAAUAGACCAAUGUCGACAUAAAAUGUACGAGUAUGAAGAAGAUGAGAGUAACAGAAAGUGCAUUCUUGAUCACCCUGGAUUUGACGAAGUUUGCUUGAACGAAUUCGUUCUGGAAGCAGUUUCGUCUGGUUUAAAAAACCAAAAGGUUGUUGUAAACAUUCAACCAUAUUAAAGUAAUUAAACCAGCAUUAACAUAUUGUGCGCGCACAUUUAUUUGAUAUUGUAUAUAUUAUAUAUUUUAUAGGUUCUUACGCGCAGUUUCCUACAGACAGCUUGUGGGUUUGGUAUGAGAUUUUUCGGGCAGUUCAAGGGAUCUCACAUUAUCGUGUUGACGUGUUGUUGUUACAAUAAAACUAUGGUCGCCAUUCCUGAACACUAG